CAAGUUUUCCCUGCGCGCGGUUUGAUUAUUCGAAAUGUCAGCGGACCGUUAAAUACGUUUAAUAAUUGUUUUUUAAUGGUAUCGAUAAAGUUGAUAAGAUAAAAAUUUUGUUAGACGAAGUAAAAAUGACGUAUGCCAGUUUAUUCCUUCUGUUAUUGUUAUCUUUUUAAAUGGAAGAUUCGGCGGUCGAAUUGGUCGAUUCAAAUUCUGAUAUAAAUGGUCAAUUUUGCGAGUCGGUCGAUACGAUCUCCAGCAUGAACGAUGCCGAUGACGAGGGGAUUGAACGCAGUGCCAAUUUUGGCAAUUGCACGCCACAACAAUCCUCAGAGAAUAGGCAUAUUGAUAAUUCAAUUUUCAAUACGAUAUCCAAAAUUGUUAAUCCCGCUGCGAAGGUACCAGACAUGCAAGACUUUAAAAUUGUUAAACCAAUAAGUAGAGGAGCAUUCGGUAAAGUGUUUCUAGGAUACAAAAAGUCAAAUCCAGAGCAAUUGUUUGCUAUUAAAGUGAUGAAAAAGAAUGAAAUGAUAAAUAAGAAUAUGGCAUCUCAAGUUAUAAUAGAACGAAAUGCAUUAGCAUUGACGCACAGUCCUUAUUGCGUACAUCUGUUUUAUUCGUUACAAAGUGUUAGCAGCAUAUACUUAGUCAUGGAAUAUAUGGUGGGAGGUGAUCUUAAAAGUUUGCUCGGCGUUUAUGGUUACAUGGAAGAAAGCAUGGCAGCUUUUUAUACCGCAGAAGUAUGCUUAGCUCUUGAAUAUCUUCACUCUCACGGUAUAGUCCAUAGGGAUUUAAAGCCAGACAAUAUGUUACUCUCGAGAGAGGGACACGUUAAACUCACUGAUUUUGGUCUUAGCAAAAUAUCGUCCUUGCAUAGAGAUCUUGAAAUAUCAGAUUUAGUAAAUUGUACACCUAGUCUUUGCGCUAGAACCCCGGGACAGUUAUUAUCUUUAACAUCUCAUUUGUCCUUUGGUUCUGGGCAACAAUCGGUGAAUGACUCGAUAGCCAGUAAUGAAAGUGCCAAUGCUGUUCAUUUAAUGUCGGCUUUACAAAGAAAUUGUGGCAAAUUGCAAUCGUCUCCUAACUCGGUUGUCUCCUCGACCGACGCUGCGUCUGGCGAUUAUUCACGUGUAUCUGGUAUUACACCGUUUCAAUCCGCAGAAGAUCUAAGAUUUGGAAUACAGAACGGAGGUGAAUCGAAUGCGAGGACAGAGAAUUUCAGUGGGGAUAGUAGUUCUGGUAGUUAUCACACGUGCGAAGCCUCGUCGGUUAGUAAAAUCAAUCCUAUUGGUCUUAACGCAGAAGAGGAGGAUGAAUCUACGUUAGAGGCGGAACAAUCGCAACAGUUACUUUUGCAUACGAGCCCGAUCAGUACUUGCGUAAAUUCGUUUUCACGAGGAACCAAGAGGAAAAGAGUUAUGGCAGAAAUAACUUGUGGUUUAACGCGCGAAAUUUGUCUCAUGGAUUUGGACAAAGACAAAACACCGAAGAGACAGAAUUGCGGUACAUCGUACUCCUGUAGGAGUCCCGAUCGAAUCAAGAGAAAUACUGCAUUGGGCGAGAUGACCGAUGAGAGCGAAGAUGAAAAUGCGGACAAACACGGUGAUGAUUCUAGUGGUGGUGCUGGCGGCGGUGGAGGUGGGGGUGGCGGUGGUGGUGGUGUCGCUUUUAGUACACCAGUGUCCUCAUUGAAUGUCAAAUCGGAGGAAAUAAGUCAGCCAGAAGCAACGUGUCAGGAAAAUCAUAGUAUGCCUCCGGUGAAAACAACGAGAUUUCAUCUUCCGCCUGCAGUAUCGUCUGAAUUUACUCCGGACUCGAGUACUAUAAAUAGUAUACAGAAUGAGAAUACUAUAUCUCCGAUCAAGACACCGGCACCUUUGAAUAACAGUUACACGACUUAUCGAACACCCAAGUCAGUUAGAAGGGGCAUACAUGGUGGUGGAAACGCUCGAUCGGACGAACGUAUAUUAGGUACACCCGAUUAUUUAGCACCGGAAUUGCUCUUACGGCAAGGCCACGGUCCUGCCGUCGAUUGGUGGGCUCUCGGUGUUUGUCUUUUCGAGUUUUGUACGGGAUUACCACCCUUCAAUGAUGAAACGCCACAGGCGGUCUUCGCUAAUAUCCUUGCAAGAGACGUACCUUGGCCGGAGGGCGAGGAAGCUUUGUCCUUCGCUGCUACGGAAACCAUCGAUGCGCUCCUUACGUUGGACCAAUCUACACGACCAUCCGCGAAAGAAGUAAGGGAUAUGAAACUCUUUGAAAAUUUUCCUUGGAACGAACCAUCGAAAGCCGUUGCUCCUUUUAUACCACAGCCAGAUGACAAUUAUGAUACGUGUUAUUUUCAAGCAAGGAAUAUACUACAGCAUUUAAAUGUCAGUAGCUGCGACACGUAACAUUUGUCAUUUAUCCUGAAGAGCCCAGGAUGAACGUUAUUGCCGAACGAUAGUUGUCACGACACGCGUAAUACAUAAAACGUGUCAAAAAUGAUAAAAUUAGGAAAAAUUAUAAUAAUUAUAUAGAGUUAGAUGGUAAUUGUUACACGAUAUGUAUAGUUUUAUUUUUAUUUUUAUAUACUGGUGUAUGUAGAGCAUAUAAAAUAUCUUAUUGCCAUGUACAAAAACGACGAGUACGUGAUGAUCUACAUAAGUAUCUAUAAGCGUCCGUAAGAGAAUACGUAAAAUAUGUGCGAGAUAAAUGUUGCGAUGAGAAUUUACGACAUGAAAUGAAA